AUGGAAAGAAGUUCUGUCAUGACAAAUGAAUCACCAGCUGACAACAGAAAGGGAGUACAAGCAACAGAAGUACCAGAAAAUGGGCCAGCCCAUCAGAUUUCCUAUGAACUCAAGGAAGAUUUAUCUGUCCCUCAACACGAUGAAGACAACCCAAGCAGUUCUGUUACUAACCACUUGCCUAGGCGGAGAGUACACAUUGCUGUAAUGGUUUUAUAAUAUUCUUGUAACCUCACGGUCACAUGCACCAGUUAAAAGCAC